AUGUGCCAAGCUCACGGCACUGAAUGCAUCUUCCCACGUCCUGAUGAUAAUUAUCAGUCACAAGUUCUUAGUUCGCUGCGGAAAUCGCCAGCCAACGUGAAUCGCCGUUUCGCUUAUAGAAGUUACGGUCCUCUCCAUGCUCGGACUUAUUCCGUGCCACACACUUUGCUCCAACCUGCAAAUCUGGCGACUUCGGGCACUGGGGUGGAUCCACAGGUUCCUGCAACAUUGGCAGAUCUGCCGCAGAUUUCAUGUGCUUCAGGGUAUGAGCAAAGUGCAGAGAAUCCGCCCAACCUUGUGGAUAUUGUUACGGAGGCCGGGGAUGAUAGCUCUCACGUUGUCAGCCCCGCGGUUGCGGGUGAUAAUGCCAUUUUGGAGAGCUAUCUGUGUGUCGCUUCAACUUCUCGGAACAGAUGCCUGGCCACGAGGCCAACAUCGACUCGACCGAUGAGGCCUGUGCGGUUUGAUGUUGUACCAAGAAGGCCACUAGGUGUGGCUACCGUUCAAUCGCUGGCAGCAUCAAAAUGUGAAGUGAUCGAAAAAUACUUGGAUCCUGAUAUAGAGGAAUAUCUGAAUUUGUUCUUCCAAAAGGCGAAUACAUGUUUUCCAGUAUUUGACGAGGCUUCAUUCAGAACUGCAUAUUUUUUGAACAAAGAGAAGAUAUCAUCGGCCUUGAUCUGCAGCCUGUACGCCAAUUCCCUUGUCUAUUGGAGGAGUUCACCCAAGCUACGCUCAGGACGCACUCCCGAUAUCCGAUUCAUAUGGAAUCAAGCAAACGAGGCUUUAAAUUCGGAGCUGUUUCUGUCACCCGGACUUUCAACAGUGAUUUCUAUAAUCAUCAAUGUGUCUGGCAGACCAAGCACCUCAAUGUUCGGAAAUGGUGGGAUGGUGGGGACAGCAGUCGCCCUAUCCAAUGCACUUGGACUCAAUCGAGACCCUUCAAGCUGGGAUAUCUCCCCACUGGAAAAGGCUCUCCGUAUUCGAAUUUGGUGGCUUGUUGUUAUACAUGAUCGCUGGUGUAGUUUGGCCUAUGGGACACCCUUACAAGUUCAUCGGGCACAAUAUGAUGUGCCAUUUCCAUCGGUGGAUGACCUGUGCUCCACAGGUGCCUCGGCAUACCAGAGAGCAGCAGCUUCUAUUUUUGUCGCGCUCACAACCUUGACCGAUGUGCUUGCUCGCUAUUUGGAACAUGUUUACUGCGUUUCAAAACACGCGUCUUAUGCUGAAAUGUCUGCAAUGGACCUGGAGCAAGUUCUGAGUGACUGGGAAGAGUCUCUGGCUGACGACGUCCGUCGACUUGUUAUUCGAGGGACAAACUUGGACGUUCCUGGAGCUGCGAACUUCCGACUCGCCUAUUUGGCAGUAAAAUUGCUCCUCCGACGCAUCCAGCUUGAUCUUAGCAAUGGCUCUGCCCAGACGGAAGAAAGCACUCCCUCGCCGCUCCAUAUGCACGCGCAACGAUCUGCCGAGGAUAUCACACAUCUGAUACAAGAGCUGGACGAGACGCAACUUCAAGGGUUCUGGAUUCCAGUGCACGCAUUUUCGAUUACCUCAGCCACGAUGUUCCUGCUUCGAAGCGGUCUUCGAAUGAAAGGAAAUAAUCGGAAUACGCCGCUCCAUGUUGCAAAAGACAUGAUCAACACCCUUCAGGCCCACCGUCAAAGGUUUGACUGGGAUAUUGCAGAUAACUGUCUUGCUCACUGUAGUGAUUUGGUAGAAAAGCUUGGCAUGGAUAACCUUCAGACGGAGUAUGACUUGUCUGCAUCAGGAUUUCCGGAUUUGGCGGAGAAUGAUAAUAUAGAUCCGUCUGUUCUAGAAGAUCUUUUGUUUGGGACAAGAGGUUUGUCGGAAGGUUUUGUGCUUUGA